AUGCUUCCAGUAGGGACAUGGAAUGAAUCCCUUGAUGGUACAGAGUGGAACCCCCUUCAUCAUGUAUUUGGAUAUUCAGCUGACGUGGUCAAAAACUUGACGAAAUAUCUGUUUGAAACCAAUACGUACGACAACACACUUCGUCCAUCGACGGAUCAAUCAUUGGCAACGGAGCUAAAAGUGUCCUUCCAUUUGAUGGGUAUUAACAAGCUGGAUGAACUGGAGGAGAAAUUAGUAACUACGGCGUAUCUCACUCUAGAAUGGCGGGACGAAUUCCUGACGUGGGAUCCGUCAGCAUUUCCUGUGUACAGGUUGAUGUUACCCCAAACCCUGGUAUGGAAACCGGAUCUGGUUCUGAAAAAUGGAUUUACAGAAUUUAAGGAACUGGGCGGCUCGUUUUACAAUAUCCUGCUGGCAUUAAGUGGAGACGUAAUUUGGAAACCUUACCAGGUGUUUCAAUCCCAAUGUUCUAUAGACGUGACGUAUUUUCCAUUCGAUACCCAAACUUGCGACAUUGUUUUCACUCUGUGGUCGCAUUAUUCGUCUCAAGUAAAUUUAACCUCCGCUAAGGAUGCAGUGGCAAGGGAUCAGUAUCAGAGCAACAGCAUAUGGGAAAUUGUGUCGACCAAUCAAAAUAUAGACAAUUCCGGAAGUAACGCCGUCAUCACGUACAGUCUCAAUUUAAAACGAAAGCCUUCGCACUUCGUCGGAAAUAUAGUUCUACCAAUUUUGUUUCUUGGAAUUCUGAAUAUUCUUGUAUUCGUAAUUCCUGCCGAUGCUGGAGAGAAGAUGUCGUACUCUAUUACAGUAGCGCUUGGAUUCAUGGUAUUUCUGACGAUCAUUAGUUCGGAACUUCCAGCAAACUCAGACACCACUCCAUACCUUACGUCUUACCUACAGAUUCAGAUCAUCAUGGGAGGAAUAGCUCUGAUAGUUUCCUCACUGCAGCUUCGCUUACGUCACAAAGAUGAAGGUCAAAAUGUGAAUGGAUUUUUCCAAUUAAUUGUGAAGCUUUCGCAUUGUCAAUUGAGGAAGAACAAGGUUAUGAAGGGAAAUACUGUCAUCCCUCUUGAUGAUGUAAAAGAAAAGAAUUUUGCUGACGAUGAGGACGAUGUAAAGAUGUCUUGGAAUGACGUCACGUCUGCGAUAGAUUUUCUUAUGUUCGGUAUCUAUUCCUUAGUGUACCUCAUUAGCACGGUUUGUGUGGUAUCGUUAAUGGAGAAUGGAACAUAACGGGCAAUAAAGCAAUCCGACAAUUCGUCGCUUAUGUCAUAGAAAAGUGAAAAAGUGAUACAAACCAAAUGAUAAUAAUAGCUUGAUGUGACCCCAUAAAUGGGUUAGAUUUGUAUAUAUAAAACGUGUUCUUGAGCCUAAGAUAUUACGUCAUGGAUAUCUUAUUAUU